GGAACUGGACUACACCACAGGGCAGAGGAAGCCCUAGCAGUUUUUAAGGGAAUUAUAACCUUAACAAUAAUGCAGCUUCAUUUCACUAAAGACGUUUUACCUGACUCUGUCAGCACCGACUUUCAGAACCUGAAUAAAUUCAAUGAGCAGCAAUUUCUUCGUCUAAUUGAAAUUCUGUUCCAGUUCUUGCUGGAGCCAAAAGAGACGGAGCGGUUCAUGCAGCAGCUCAGCGAGUUUGCAGGGGAACACGGGAUGAGCGCCGGCCCUCUGAGGAACCUGAUGAAGAGCGUGCUUCUGGUGCCGCAGGGAGCCCUAAAGAAAAACCUGACAGCCGAGCAGAUCAAAGAAGACCUCGUGGCAUUAGGAGUUAAUGAAGACAAGGCAGCUCACUUUUCACAGCAGUGGGGGGAGCACUAUGCAGCGCUGACCAGACUGGCUGUAGGGCAGACCCUGAUGGUAAACCAGCUGGUCGAUAUGGAGUGGAAAUUUGGAGUGACUGUCGGCACCAGUGAAAUGCAGAAAGUGGGGAACAUUUUCCUACAGUUGAAACUGGUGGUCCGAAAGGGGAAUUCCACUGAAAACGUCUACAUGGAGCUGACACUUCCUCAAUUUUACAACUUCCUACACGAGAUGGAGAGAGCCAAGGCCAGCAUGGAGUGUUUCAGCUGAGAGUGUGUUCGUGUGAGAGAGUGUGUAUGAACAUGCCAGAAUGUGCCUGCAGGGUGUGUGAUAAGUGUUGUGUCAUUUUCUGUGUGUGUGGUACUGAAGGUGACUGAGGAUAAACACUUUUUAUUUACCACAAAACCUUUGUACUGAAAACUACAAAUUAAAAAAAAUGAG